GAGCGAGCGGGUAGGUGAGCACGCUCGGCGAGCGGGACGAGGCGCCGUCGGGCUGCGGGACUCGCGUGCCGCCCGCACCAUGAGACCCGAGGCGGCGGCCGGAGCCCGAGAGGCGCUGGGAAGCUUCUGCCACUGUCCCGGGGAUGAUCCCGGAAGACCACCGGUGCCGCGCGGGCCCGAAAGUUCUGUUACAGCUCUGUGGAGACCGUGGGUGCCGCCUCCUGGAGAUGCGGAACUGACCAGAACUGUAAGCCGGUGUGAGCCUUGGGGGAGCCAGCAAACUUCAAGAUCAAAGGGAGCCUUUGGGUUCCAGCACCCAGUCAGGCUUUACUUACCCCUUUCAAAGCAACAAGAAUACCUGCAGAGCCCUGGGGAAAAAGUGCUGGCCAGCUUCCCAGUGCAAGCCACCAUUCAUUUCUACAACGAUGAAUCCGAGUCAGACUCCGAGGAGGAGCAAGAAGAGGAGGCACAGCCCAAGUGUCUACAGAGCCAGGAGGCAGCCAGACAGGGCAGUGCCCAGGAGGAAAGGGCAGAGUAGGGCUGGCAGGCCUAUAGGAAGGAAGGAGGGAUGGUGUCCGGGGCAAGGGUCAGCUGUUGGCAGGGGGCAGUGAGUGCUCCAGCAAGUGAGGUGAGUCUGGGGGCAGCCUUGCCAGGACGCAGGUCGAAUAUGUGCAUGUAUGUGAUUCUCUGUGUGUGUGCGCGCGCGCGUGCGUGCAUGCGUAGGUCUGUGUGUGUGUGUGUGUCUGCCUGUGUGAUCCGUACCUUUGGGUGUGUGUCAGAUUGUUAUCAGGAAGAAGACUUUCGGAGCUCACUCAGCUCUCACUCUGAAAGCUACUCCCUCUAAGAACACCACCCCUCCCUUGCCCAGAGACCCACUAUCCAGCCUUUCUUGCUUUCAUAAAAAUUAUUUAGAUAUUAACUUCCAUUUUAAGGGUUCAUUUGGUUGCUCAGUAGCUGUCUGAAAAAAUGUUCUUUUACUUGUAUAAAAACAAACAAAAAGUGAAAUACUGAAUAAUUUCCACUGGAAUAAGAAGGAAGAAAAUAUGGUCUUUUUAGGGGAUAAAAUAGGUGUUUCUGAGAGCUGGAUAAGGGCUGUGUGCAUAAGUUGUAAAGGAUUAUUUUUUUCUUACUUGGUGGCCAGCAUGGUCUUGUUACUUGCGUGGAAUGGCACUAUUUUUCAUUAAAGUAUCUUAUGUAAAAUUACUUUGAAUUUUAUCAUUUUGAUAGCCCAAGGACUGUGCUUCUCAAGGUCUCCCCCCCACUGGAAUUAUCUUACCUGAUGCUGUGUUCCUGUAUAUACCACUUUGUAUGAAUUUUUAUUUGGAAUAAA